AUGGCCCCCUCCUGCUGCAGAUCUACCAUUGGAACCACCAGCUCCCUCAGGAGUGGCAGGUUUUCAGAGGCCAGGGCUGCUUCCAUGUGCCUGACCGCUGCCCUGGCCAACAUUAACCGCCCCCGCGUUGGCGUGACCCCGCUGGGUCGGCCCAGUCUCUGUGUGCCUGCCAGCUGCCGGGCCGCCUGCCCCUUGCCUGGCUCCUGCAACAUCCCUGCCAACAUUGGGAACUGUGGGAAUUAUGGCGAGGGCAUCCUGAACGGCCACGAGAAGGAGACCAUGCAGUUUCUGAACGACCGCCUGGCCAACUACCUGGAGAAAGUUCGCCAUCUGGAGCAGGAGAAUGCUGAGCUGGAGACCAAGAUCCACGAGUGGACCAAAUGCCAAGUCCCCUUUCUUUGCCCGGACUAUCAGUGCCAAUUCCGGACCAUUGAAGGGCUGCAGCAGAAGAUCCUGUGCACCAAGUCUGAGAAUGCACGACUGGUGGUGCAGAUCGACAACGCCAAGCUGGCUGCAGACGACUUCCGCACCAAGUACGAGACGGAGCUGUCCCUUCGCCAGCUAGUGGAAGCCGACAUAGGGGGCCUCCGCCGCAUCCUGGAUGACUUGACAUUGGUCAGAAGUGAUCAGGAGGCCCAGGUGGAGUCACUGAAGGAAGAGCUGCUCUGCCUCAAGAAGAACCAUGAACAGGAGGUGCACACCCUGCAGUGCCAGCUGGGAGACAAGCUCCGAAUCGAGUUGGACACCACCCCACCCGUGGACCUGAACCGGGUGCUGGGGGAGAUGCGCUGCCAGUACGAGGCCAUGGUGGAGACCAACCGCAACGAUGUGGAGCAGUGGUUCACGGCCCAGUCGGAGGGGCUGAGCAUGCAGGUGAUGUCCUGCUCGGAGGAGCUGCAGUGCUGCCAGUCGGAGAUCCUGGAGCUGAGACGCACGGUUAAUGCGCUGGAGAUUGAGCUGCAGGCACAGCAUGAGUUGAGAAACUGCCUGGAGAAUUCGCUGGCCGAGUCAGAGGCCCGCUACAGCACAGAGCUUGCCCAGAUGCAGUUCCUGAUCAGCAACACAGAAGACCAGCUGGCUGAGAUCCGUUGUGACCUGGAGCGGCAGAACCAGGAAUACCAGGUGCUGCUGGAUGUCAAGGCCCGACUGGAGGGCGAGAUCUCCACCUACCGGGGCCUGCUGGAGAGCGAGGACUGCAAGCUGCCCUGCCAUCCCUGUGCCACCCCAGCGAGCUGCACCCCCUGUGCUCUGCCUCCUGCCUGCACGCCCUGCAAACCCUGUCCCUCCAGUUCCCGCUCUGCCUGCGGUCCCUGCGCCCCGCCUCGGUGUUAAAGCUCAUCCCGGCCUGGUGCGAUGAAAAUGGGAAAGCCAUGGCCCGGGUUGUUCCUUUCUCCACCUGGGCCACCCCAUAUUGGGCCUGAAUCAGUUCUGUAGAUGCAGUUUUCUUCCUGCUUUUCCCCACUGCAGCCUCCCUCUAGUUGCCCCCUCCCUCUCUUUCAGCCCACGGUUGCUGUUGGGACACCUCUGCUCAUGUCUUUUCUAUUCUUGGCUGCUCAUGGGUGUCCCAAGAUGC